AUGUUUCCGACCGUCGCGCCUUUUCCUUCGGUGCACCCUCAUCAUCAUAUGCACCCAUAUCCUACAUCCGAUGCCCUGAAACAACCCCUUUACGAUGCGAAUGACCACAGCUUUCCCGCUCUCUACGAUCCCUCUACGUCCUUCCACAACCCCACGUUGCGAUCCCGUGGGCCACUGCCGCAGCCCGUCCAGCGAAUCGAGGCCCGUGAUGCGACGGGAUCGGGCUCCAAGGUGCACGCCAUGGCCGAGCAUGCGUUGAGAAGAAAGACUCCCAAUGGAACCCUCGCUGCAGGCUACGAUGGAACCCCCGGUGAUAGCACCAUCCAGCCUGCCCCCAAACACCUUUUGGUCUCUCCGAUGGACUCGAACUACUUCCUCGCUUCCCAACCUGGACGGUCGACGACCACCUGGCAGCGGCCUGCAGCCGAUCAAUCCGAUCUCAGAAACGCCAACUUCCCCCCCGCGUUCAAAAAUGACGGUACGGGCGUGUUCACGAGCGGAGACCGGGUCCAUGGCCCCAACGGCACAGGCUGGGUGCGUCCGGUCAGUCACCACCCCGGGGUCGACUCGUUCUUGAAUCAAAGUUUGCCCUUGCAAGGCCCGCAGCGGUACAUCUUGCACAACGGCGCCUACAUCCCCACCGUCUUACCGGCAACUCUUCAGCAAUGCGUGGGCCCAACGGCCUCUGCUGGAACGGCGCCGUACGGCCCCUACUGGCCAGAUGGGGUGUACAUUCCGUACCGACCUGCGACCGUUCGCGACUCGCGCUUCGGCGCUCCUCAACCGCCCAUCCAACCUUUCUUUGAUCUGAGCCAACAUGCAAUUGACCCCUUUCGACCUCCAAUUGACAAUCGUCCGGCACAGUCUUUCCCGUGGGAGCAGUCGGUACCGGUCCUGCCGUCGCAGGACCCGCUCAUGAAGCCUCUGUUCCCCCCACGGCACUCCGAGCAGUUAUCGUAUCAUGCCCGCGUCGACCAGCAGCUCUCGUCGGGAGCUCCCCCUGAAUCAUCCAAUCACAAUCUCAUGCCAUGGGCACCUCAUGUGUCGAACGUCGCCGCGCUUCCAUCGACCGGCUCUGCUGCCACGGGCAAAAUUGAGUUCAAGGAGAAGAUCCUCUCCUGGGCCCAUGGUGUCUAUGUUGACUUGCUUGCCACAAUUCACCAGGCCCGUCGCAAUAGCAUCUCCUCCGGUGCCGUUGACGGCCAAGGCUCGCGCUAUCUGAAACCUAGCAUCUACCCCAAACCGCCCCGUCAGCCCGGCUUUGACUUCUCUCAACAUUCGUCCGAUCUGCUCCGCCACAACAGCUACCCGUCAAGCCAGUAUGACCUGCACCGUCGGAAGCCUGGCGUGCCAUUCAAUGCGAAAUCGGAGGAAUCGCAGGCCGUCCGAGAGUCGUCGCGUCACUCCCAGGGGCAGCGUCCAUCUCUGAGCCACUUCUCACAAGCCCACAGCGGAUCGGACUCGGAGGUGAGAGGCGCGGGUCGCUAUCGAGGUCACUCGGCAUCUCGAUUCGCGGGGUCUCUGCUCUUCAGCGAAGGAUCGUCCGUAAACAACGCUGCAUCUGCUUUGGAGAUGCUCUCGUCUCUCUGCUCGGAGAGCAAUUGGGAAUGGAUCGACGGAAUGUUGCUCGGUGGCUGCCUGGCCUAUGGCUUGGGAGACUAUCACAAGGCCAUGCGUUGGUACUCUCGAAUCAUCGCUCGCGAUGCGAGUCAUGUUGAGGCCAUCUCCAAUCUUGCCGCCACGCUUCUCGCACUUGACCGGCGUGAGGAGGCCAUGCAAAAUUGGCUCCGCGCGGUCAAGUUGCGCCCGAGUUUCUUCGAGGCUGUUGAGCACUUGAUUGGCCUUCUGUGUACCAGCCAUCGAGGAAGGGAAGCCGUCAACAUCAUAGAUUUCGUCCAGUCGUCUCUGCGCCACCCCAAAGAUGGCGACUGUUUCAAGGCAGAUGAGCAUGCCAGUGAGCCCGAAAGCGACGCCGAGAGCAAUGUCUCUGAUGUUGGCAUGUACGACCGAGCUUCCUUUGACUAUGAAAAUGACAUGGGUCGAGCGUACGGCCUGAGCUAUGGCUCCCUCGACUCUCCCACCGCGCCGGGCUUUGCGUCUAGCGGAUAUGCCAUUCCGGGCUCAGACAACGGACGCAUGCUUGCCCUGAGUCACGCCAAGGGGAACAUGUUGUAUGCUCUUGGCGACAACUUGGGAGCUGCGUCGGCUUUCGAGGACGCUGUCCUGAUCGCGGCCGGUAGAAGACGUCAUGGUAUUCAAAGCCUGAUCAAACAGAUCUUUGCUGCGUUUUCUCCUCGUCUCGGCAAUGGAUACCACUCGGCGGACAUGGAAUACAAUGAGAAUACCCUUCUGUACCCCGAUCGAGCUCUGCAAACCUCGAAGCUGGUUUUCCAGGCCGGUGGGGUACCGCCCGGCUUGACCUUUGUGGCUGAGGGAAUGGCCCGGAAUGCCGCCGUGUCUACCACCAGUAAUUCCCUGCUUUCUUUGGCCAAGAUUUACCAGGAUGGGAUGGCCUCCGUCUCCUCCGCACCUCCUAAAGCUGCGCCAGGGGUUCGCGAUAUUCUUGCGCUCUAUUAUCUCUCACUCUCAUUGCAACCAAGCCCGUCCACCGCCAACAAUGUCGGUAUCCUGCUGGCAGGCAUCCAGAAUAACGCACCCGCUCGCGGGUUGAAACGUCCCAAUGGCGACACACAACACCCCGAUAUCCCGGGUGUUGUGCCUGGCAGCGGUAUCUCCUUGGCCUUGGCCUAUUACAACUAUGGACUGCAACUCGAUUCUCGGCAUGCUCAUCUGUACACUAACUUGGGUAGCUUGCUCAAGGAUAUCGGUCAACUUCAGGCUGCCAUCAAGAUGUAUGAGCAAGCCGUGCAAUGCGACGGGAAUUUCGACAUCGCGUUGGCUAACCUGGCCAAUGCUGUGAAGGAUGCUGGCCGGGUGAAUGAUGCCAUCGCCUAUUACAAGCGUGCCGUGAAGGUCAAUCCCGAUUUUGCCGAGGCGGUCUGUGGCUUGGCCAACGCGCUGAAUUCGGUGUGCAACUGGGUCGGCCGUGGAGGAAUUGUCAGUAGCCGUGGCUUCAGAGAUCGUUGGCAUGUCGACGAGAAUGGUAUGCUUCGAGACUCGCAAAAUACGACCGACUCUGGCGCAGGCUGGAUCAAACGCGUCGUCGACAUUGUCGAUCGACAGUUGCGGGAAGGGGAGAGCUGGGGCCGCGGUCUGUUGACGUCUAAUUCGUCUGAACAGCUCGUGGCACAGCUGUCCAAUGCGCUUGAUUUCGGUCCCUCGAGCGCCCACCGCCGGGCGACCUUGGCUCGGAUUCUCCAGUCGUGGGCUGGCCAGAAAUGGGAGGGUUCGCGUCUUGUGCGUCUUGUGGAGAAAGCUAUCCGCUCCAUCAUGUGGCAGUGGUACCAGGACCGUUAUGUCCACGGGAGGGACUAUCCUGAUUCUAAAUAUCGUCGCCCCCAGCUCCCUUCGUCUCUCACGCCUCCCAAUGCACCCACGGUCCUCCCCUUUCAUACCUUCACCUGCCCUCUCUCCGCCAAGCAAAUUCGACAGAUCUCCCAGCGCAACGGCCUCCGUAUCUCUUGCUCGACACUCCGUCUCCCAUGGCUCCCUGCUACGGUGUAUCGUCCCCCGUCUCCUCCCAAUCCGUAUCUCCGUGUGGGCUAUGUCUCAUCGGAUUUCAACAACCAUCCACUGGCGCACCUCAUGCAAUCCGUCUUUGGCUUGCACAAUCCCAACAGAGUCAAAGCGUAUUGCUAUGCGACAACGGCCAGUGACAAGUCCAUUCACCGACAGCAGAUUGAGAAAGAAGCACCGGUCUUUCACGAUGCCAGCGGUUGGUCGGUGGACCGGCUUGUACGGCAGAUCGUCGAGGAUGGAAUCCACAUCUUGAUCAAUCUGAAUGGUUACACCCGUGGAGCCCGGAAUGAAGUCUUCGCCGCCCGACCUGCGCCUAUUCACAUGUCAUUCAUGGGGUUUGCGGGUACUCUAGGUGCGGAAUGGUGUGACUACAUUCUCGCUGACGAACUUUCCAUACCCCCGGAGACACUGAGUCCGGGACGUCGCACUACCCGCAUCGAAGACCGCGUACUCGAAGAUGAUAACUCUGAGGAUCUGGAAGACUGGGUCUACGGAGAGAAGAUCGUCUAUACCAGAGACACUUUCUUCUGCUGCGAUCAUCGUCAGAGUGCACCAGAUGCAGGUGAGCAGCCCCUUUCGUGGGACCAAGAGCAGCAACGUCGCUGGAGGAUGCGGAAAGAACUUUUUCCCCAUCUUAGCGACGACACAAUCAUUCUGGGCAACUUUAAUCAGCUCUACAAGAUUGAACCAACGACCUUCCGAACAUGGCUUCGAAUUCUAGCGCGCAUUCCCAAUUCCGUCUUGUGGUUGCUCCGCUUCCCGGAAACUGGUGAGCAGAAUUUGCGAGAAACCGCCAAGGCGUGGGCAGGUGAAGAGACGGCGUCGAGGAUUAUCUUCACCGAUGUCGCCCCGAAGAAUGCGCACAUAGCAAGGGCCAAGGUCUUGGACCUAUUCCUGGACACUCCAGAGUGUAACGCACACACCACGGCGACCGAUGUCCUGUGGAGUGGCACUCCGCUGCUGACCCUGCCCCGUUACAAGUACAAGAUGUGCUCUCGGAUGGCAAGCAGUAUUCUCAGCAGCGCGCUCCCUGGUGACAAGACGGGGCAAUGGGCACGAGAGGAGCUGAUUGCCAGCUCCGAUGAUGAUUAUGAAAACAAGGCUAUUCGGCUAUGCUUGGACCUGCAGUACGUUCCCGGUGGCGAGGGCCGCGCGCACGGGCGACUGGCCGAUAUUCGACAGAUGCUUUUCCUGCAGCGAUACAAAAACAAGCUGUUUGACACGGCGCGCUGGGUGCGCGACCUAGAAGAUGCUUACGAGGCGGUUUGGGCGCAAUGGGUGAAUGGCGAAGAAGGCGAUAUCUGGUUAUGA